UUUUGUAUUGUUUUCGAAGCCGAAAAUGCCGUGGGAGAUAUGUGUACACGAAUUCUUAAUGGCUGAAAAGGAUGGGAAAAAAAUGACUUCAGCAGCUAUCUUCGACCACGAGGGUGUCGUUCUGGCUAAAAGCGCCAAUUUCCCCAAAUAUAAAAUAAAAGAAAUAGUUGAUAUCAUGAAUGCGUUUGAGAAUCCACAACAACUUGUUCGAAAUGACCUACGCAUUGGUGACACUAAGUAUGAAGUUACACAAGUGGAACAAGAACAUGUAAUAAACGGAAAAAAGGGCACCGGUGGAAUUUGUGUGAAGAAGACGAUUACGGCACUGCUGGUCGGGAUAUACAACGAGCCGAUGACGGGGACGGCGUGCAAUGGGAUAGUUAAGAGUGUCGCCGCUUUUCUCAUUCCACGGAACCUCUAAUUUCUAAAUAAA